AUGGCGGCGUCGCGCCCGCGACCUGGGAGCCGGCUCUUCAGAACUUACGGGGCUGCGGGUGGCUGGGGGCUGCGGCUGCGGUCGGGGCGGGCAGCCGCACAGUGGUUCCCACCACAAGACCGGAAGCGUUUCUUUAGCAGCAGCAGUAGCAGUGACGCCAGUAUCAGCGGCCCCUCGCAGUCUGCCGCUUCGGACGACCCCGACGACCCAGACUUCUGCGGCAGCCCGGUCCGUCAACGGCAGAGGCGCCGUGCCGGCCGAAUCUCCAAGGACCGGCCGAGCCUGAUCGUGACCCCAAGACGCCUGAGGCUGCGAGCUCGGCCCCCACAGAAGUGCAGCACCCCGUGCGGCCCGCUCGGACCGCCGCCCUUCCCUGACAGCAACCUGGGCCGCCUCAGCCGGGACCUCAGCGUGUGCAGCCAGCCCAAGGACUGCGACGAGCUGGGCGCCAGUGCCUCCCUGUUCAGCUCUCUGGCCUCUCCCAGCAGCCCCGGACCUGCGGCCCCAGCGCCAGCGGACAAUGUCAUAUGUGCCGGUCCCUCCGCCACUCUGGACACAGCCUCUGAAGUUCCGAGAGGCUUCCACUGCCCGGUAGCCGCCGUGAACCGGGCAUCUCUCCACUGCUCCCAGGAGGCAGCGGCGGAAGGAGGCAGGUUCACCAGGGCUGCCCACCAAGCCCGUGCCACCCUCAGGUCAGCUCUCUUUAGCCUUAUGGACUCAGGAAACCCUGAGAAUUCUGAGUUUGGGGCAGAUGGGAAGAAUAUGAGGGAGUCCUGCUGUGAAAAGGAACUGGUGGGAAACAGGGAGGAAGGCCCAGGUUUGGCAAGCACUGGUAAGAAGACAGCCACAGACCAGCGCUCUUGCCAAAACAGUGGGUCUCAAGAGGCUGUCCAGGUAGAAUAUGAGGAGGCCAGUGGUUGCAAGGGCUGUAUGAAAGCUGGGGAAAUCAAAAGGCCUGAAAGAAAUAGGCCAAGCCGGAAGAGGAAAUGUCAGAAGGUAGCAGAAAGCUCCUUGCUCCAUUACUACCUGUUUAAAAAGGGCCAAAAGAUGAAAACAGAUUCAUUCCUCACCCAGAACCAUUUACAGGAUACCUGCUCUUGGACAAGAACCAGGGCCUCCCUCUCUUUCCACAAGAAGAAGAUGGUGACCGCUGUGCCAGAAGUGUGCAGCAGCUCCAUCAUUGCCAUUUCUCCUUCGGAGUCCCUCAUAUCAGAAUAUUCAAACCCUCCUAUCAUGAACAGAACAAACGGUGCUCUGUCCCCUUGGCACUCCUCCUCCAUAUAUUUGCUAAGCCCCUUAAAGACUCUACAUGUAGACAAAAAGGCAUCUGAUGCCGAAAAGGUUUAUGGGGAAUGCAAUCAGGAAGGUCCUGUGCCCUUUAGCUGCUGCCUUUCCACAGAAAAAUUGGAACACUGUGAGAAGAUUGGGGAAGGAGUGUUUGGCGAAGUUUUUCAAACAAUUGCUAAUCAUACACCUGUAGCCCUAAAAAUCAUUGCUAUCGAAGGACAGGGUUUAGUCAAUGGAUCCCAUCAGAAAACCUUUGAGGAAAUCCUGCCAGAGAUCAUCAUCUCCAAAGAGUUGAGCCUCUUGUCCGAUGAAGUACACAACCGCACAGAAGGCUUUAUUGGGCUGAACUCAGUGCACUGUGUCCAAGGGUCUUACCCUCCCUUGCUCCUCAGAGCCUGGGAUCACUAUAACUCAACCAGAGGGUCUGCAAAUGACCGGCCUGACUUUUUUGAUGAACACCAGCUCUUCAUUGUGCUGGAAUUUGAGUUUGGAGGGACUGACUUAGAGCGAAUGAGUACAAAGUUGUCCUCCAUGGCUACUGCAAAGAGCAUUCUACAUCAGAUCACUGCGUCCCUGGCUGUGGCAGAGGCAUCACUGCACUUUGAGCACCGAGAUUUACAUUGGGGGAAUGUGCUCUUAAAGAAGACCAACCUCAAAGAGCUCCACUACACCCUCAACGGGAAGACAAGCUCUAUCCCCACCUGUGGGCUGCAUGUCAACAUCAUUGACUACACCCUUUCGCGCUUGGAGCGGGAUGGAAUAGUGGUUUUCUGUGACAUUUCCAUGGAUGAGGACCUAUUUACAGGUGAAGGUGACUACCAGUUUGAGAUCUACAGGCUAAUGAGGAAGGAGAACAAUAACUGCUGGGGUGAAUACCACCCUCAUAAUAAUGUGCUUUGGCUACAUUACCUCACAGAUAAGAUUCUGAAACAAGUGACCUUCAAGCAUAAAAAUAACACCUCUGCCAUGAGGCAAGUGAAGCGAGAGAUCCAGCAUUUCUAUAAGACAAUGCUGAACUACAGCUCUGCCACUGAGCUGCUCUGCCAACACAGUCUAUUUAAGUAAGUCGAACGUGCCGUACAGCCCCAAACUGAGAAGGCACUGAUCUUGGAGCCCCUAGAGGUACUGUUUUCAAUCCGCAUCCCCACAGCAGGGUGGAAUUCCCAUUCUUACAUGUUUUCAAACAAGGAUUCUGUUUCCGAGUGGUACUACCGAAAUGAUUAAACUGCUAUGAGCACACUGCACGUGAGAACAACUGUUUACAACUUAUAAGGUCUCUUUUGGUCAGCAGAGUCUACUCUGUAAAUGCCUUUCCAUAUUUUCAUUUUUGAGCCUUGACACUUUAUGUAGCCUGAGCCAAAACAAAUUGGGAAAGCACAAGGCCUCCACUGUCAUACUGAUCAGAGCCUACUGCUUUGGCUUUGGGAACCAGACUACAGACGAGAGGAGUCACAACCGAAAGCAAAGAUGCUGCAGCAGAGACCCAAAGAGACAGACUGGAGGGAGGAAAGGAAGACGGUAGAUAAUUUAUAGGAGACCUGAGACAAAUGCCACAUGUUUAUCAAGCUCACUUACCAAUCACAUAAAGAAGCAGAAGUUUAUCCGUUUUCAAAGGAAAAAUAAACGUCUCCAUGGCUACUAAAAAGGUUUGAAUUUUUGCUUAUUUUUUCAUCAAGGGGAGAAAAACCAAAAUGUUGCCUUAAGAUCUGAGUGGUUGAUAUUCCUUCUAAACAUGACUUUGGUAAUUUACUCCUGUUUUACCAUGGUUAAUCUAGUUUUUACUCC